AAGCGGCUGUACUUAGGCGUCCUUGAACCCGCGAAUGGCGAAGUAAACACGAGAGUGAACCGUUGCAGACGACGUCGAAAGGUUAUUUUCCCCCAACAGAUGUGCCUCUAAAUAGCACCAUUCAGUUGUGUAGUUUUGACCUGGUUUCUGUCCUUGAUGGUGCAGCCUCCACGUCAUUUUAUUUUCUGCGGGCAUGUGCACGCAGUCCACGUAAAGCACUGAAGCUGCAGCCAACGUCGCUGUGCAUACGUCUCCAUUGUUGGAUUAAUGUCCAGCUCCCAAGUACAGUCGUGCACAACUAAAGUCGUCAAACAUGAGCAGCACAAAGCAAAUCACAUUAACCCCGUUUCAGCAAGAAAAAUUAGAAUAUUUCUUCAAAUUCUUUGAACCAAAUGCUGACAAUGAACUAGUUGAGGAUAGUCUUGCAAAAUUUGUGAAGCGUAUUCUGGAGUACACUGGAUGGGAUACAAAGUCACACAGUGCACAAGAGUGUUAUGAAGUGUUUGAAACCUUCUUUGAGAUCCUCUUUGACAGGACUGCUAAAGAGGAUGCUUCCAACCAUAAGGUGACUGUUAGCGAUUGGUGGGCAUUCUGGUCACAUCUGUUACCUGGCUGCAUGGGCAUGUAUAACUUCCCCAUAUGGCUGCGCCUUUUGCCUAAGACACUCUUCAAGAUUAUUGACAGGGAUGAGGAUGGACUAAUCACAGAACAAGAGCUCUAUCAGUUUUACAAGGACAUGGUCCAGUUGGAGGCAGAGGAAGCUAGAGAGAACUCACAUCUUGCCUUUUCUCAGAUGACUGACGAUGGACGCUACCCUCUUAAUCUCUCUGGAUAUGAUCAGAUUUUUGCGAACUUCCUUAUUGGUCGUACACCUUAUGGACCUGGUCGCCAUAUUUUUGGAUGCUUUGAACACAGUGUAGACAAUGGACCUUUCCACCUGAUUAUGCCUGCUCCUGAGGAUGAAGAGGAAAGUGAAAGCACCAUAAAAAUCCACAAAGAAAAGCGUCCUAAACGGGGCAGCCUUCCAGCAAAGUAGGUAGUAGAACUGAUGGGAAGACUGUGUUGGCCAGGGCUGAAUUCAUCCUCUGAAUAUUUUGAUUUGAACUUGUGGUUGUAAAAGAACUGCGAACUGCUCCUACAGAAAUUAACACAGGCUUGACUGUAGUUUGUACCUUUUUUUUACAUGUGAGCAUGAGUCUUCGUAAAAUGAGAGUGGAGAAAGAGAGAGAGAAAAUAGAUGACAGAAGAUGUGGAUAAACACAACUGUUGUUAAGAUCAGUUUUGAUAUUUGAUAUAGUGAGCCAGUUAAGGUAGUUUCAUAGAUUUUCUAGCAUGAAACAAUUUUAAUCGUGCAUUUGAUUGGCUUUUGUGGUAUUAUGGUUCAACAGCAUUUUUUUUCUGGGUUUAAAGAACGUUUUUAUACUGCCUGAGCGAGAUUGAAGAAAAGAACAAGAUGAAAUCUGGUGUUUUGUGCUGGCUCAGCUUUGAUGAGUUUUGCUGUUUUCACAUGAUCAGACCUAAUCUUAUUUUCUAAAAGCUUUAAUUCUUCUUGUAGAUGAAAUGUGUACUACUAUUUGCUGACUUAGAAAUAUAAAGAUUAUUUUAACCAUGACAUUAAACUAUUUAAUACAGUUUUAAUUCAUUUAUUUAUGGCAUUUAUAUGCCAAAAGCAUUUGAACUUGACAAGGACUCAUUUAUUACCUGAUAAAAUUGAUAUUAUUGGUUACAAAUGUACCUGACAUGACACCUUUUGGAUUGUAAUGUGUGACAGUUUUUCUUUAAUUCAUAUGUUGACAGUAGGUACAUCUGGUAUUGAUGUUUAAACAGUAGUGAUGACAGAAGAAAAUUGUUAGUAUCAUAGUCCAAUAUACAGAUACUUCUGUUAGACCUCAGGGUUUGUUUCUAAUCUUUUGAUCAUUCCUACACGGUGUAAUUCUUUACAGUUCAGAAAUCUUUCUUCACCAGAGACAUGUGGUUUUGAAAUUGCAAGAAUGUAAAUUAUCAUUACUUAAAUUGUAAAUUCUUCCUUUUUUUUUGAGUAACAUCUCCUUAAGGGAAAUUGCUUUCCAAUUUUGGGGCUUAUGCCUUUUGUUAAUUACAUUUAUUCUUGUAUGACAAUUGCAUUUAAAGAAAACUGAGACAUGAGCAUGAAUCUCAUGAUUGUCCAGAAGAGAACUGUGUAUGAUUGUAUUUUUCAAGUCUGUGCUAUACUGUACUAAUUAUACUAAUAAUUUGAAACUUAGAAAGCAGUGCGCUACAUCAUUUCCCAAUCUCAUAGAGCCGCGGUUCUCAAACGUGGGGGUGGGGGGGGCUACGUGCUUACAAGGGGAGCGCGAAGGUGGUCAUUUUUGAAAAGUUUCUUAUACCGUUAUUAGUGAAAUUAGCUUACAUUGCUGGCUAAGGGGGCGCACGGACGUACCUUUGUUUGUCAGGGGGGCGUCACAAGUAAAAGGUUGAGAACCGCUGCAUUAGAGUUUUAUAUUUCCUAUAACUGUCUUUUUUUUUUUUGGUGAGUUCUUUUUUCCUAUAAUGAUGAGAUUAUUAAAAGGGACAACUUGUAACUUGGUGGCUAGAGUGUUGACUGCCUCAACCCACACGCACACUUCCCCCUUCCCAAUCAGCAGAUAUCUAGUAGAAAUGGAUACCUAAUUUAUAAGGGGAGGUAAGGCAAAAAUGAAGAAAUGAGAGAGCUAAACUUUUCCGUCCACGUCCCGUGAACUAGACAGACUGAACCACUUAUAACAUCGCCCCUACUACCAGUGCGGUAUGAGACCCUCGAUCUAUAUCUAAAACAAAUAAUACGCUUUGCUAAAAGACCCUAAAAUGUACCCUUGUAGUAUUACUAAUGUUAAAGAAAACAAAUCACAGAUGAACUUUUUAAAAUUGUAUUUUUAUUUUGUGAACUUUAUUUGCAUGCAGAUUCAGCAGGUCUCUUCUCCUAACCACUAUCAUUGUUUUAUUACCAUAAGGCUCAGUCUAGUUUUUGUUGGCGCUAAUGCUUUAAUCUUGGUUUUGUCUUGUUUAUGAAGAAUUGCUCGUAGGAAGAUACGUAUAUUGUUAACCGUAAAAAUAUAUGGGUUUAUAACCCUAGUAUUUGAAACAAAAAUCUUAUGUUUUUUUUGUCAGUUAUUAUAUAUCUUUUUCUGCUGUGUCGGACAAGUUAUACAGAAUUUCAAGUAUAUUUUUUAAAGAGCUUAACCCGUUAAAAUCAUUAAGCAAGCUUGUUGUGGUCAUUUACUGCAUUUACAUACUUCUUUUAAAAUCGUAAAUAAACAUGGAAUACAUGUAACUCUA